CGGCCGGAUGUUGCUGCGGGGGCUGGCGGGGGCGCGCCGGGGGCCCCCAAACAGCCCCGGAGGGACCCCGCGCCCCCAGCCCACCGUCAGCCGCCGCCCCCGGGAGCGUUCGGACAGCACAGCCAAGGCCAGCGGCACCUCGGACACCCCGGGAAGGGACAGCAGGACGGGCACCCCUCAUGGUGACAGGGGGGACCCUCCUGAAGCCCCCCCGAUUCCCCCCCCGCCCACCCACUGCUGCGGGACCGGCUGCCCCAACUGUGUCUGGGUGGGCUACGUGGAGGAGCUGCUGGAGCGGCACCGGGACGGCGGAGCCCAGGCCUUGGCGGCCGUGGAGGAGCACGUGGAGGACGAGAACAUCAAAAUGAUCCUCAGGAUGGAGAUCAGGCUGCGUGCCAGGAAGGACUGAGCCUCCCCCAGGCCCCCCACAACGGUGGGGGACAGCCCUGGGGUGGCAGGAUCCGGACUUGGGUUAUUUAUGGUUUAUUGUGUGCUGAGCACGGGAUCCCAGGGGUGUCACACGAGGUUGGGUCACCUCCUGUCCCGGGUGGAGCUGCCCUUGGGGACAGGCAGUGGCUCAGGCUUGUCCUGAGCCCCGGAUUUCCCAGGAGCUGGACGCCGUGCCCUCCCCAGCAUGGCAAAUCCCUGCCAAGGGCAGCCUGGGCCGGCCCCCCAGCCCUCCUCCUGUGCUCCUAGUUGGAAUUUAAGCACCUUUGGGGGGAUUUUCAGCACCUUGGCCAUGCCCUGGCGAUGGGGAGGGCUCGGGGGGCAGCGUGUGGCACGGAGCACGUGGGAAGCAGCAGCCUCCUGUCAAGGACACUGUCCCUGUCCCUGGUGUCUCACCCUGCCACGCUGCUCUCCAAGGUGUUUUCUCAUUCUCGAUUUCAUCUUAAUUCCCCAUAAACUUGUCCCAAACCCCUCCCCUCCAUCCUGGGGGACUUAAAGCCAUUGAGACCCCCCCCCACAACAUCACAGGACAAAGUCCUCAGGAAGCCACCCAAGCCCUCGAGUGUCACUCACUAAUGAACCCCAAUUAACAGCCAGGCUCUGCUCUCUGCCAGGGAAGUAGGUGGUUCUCCGUGGAAAACACUCCUGGAUCCCUUUAAUCCUAUUUGUAGGAGCCCAACUAAUUGCAAUUAGUGGCAGGGGCUGAAGUUCAAUUAAAGUGUGCCGAGAUUA